AUGAGUGUGGGGCUCGAUAUUCUCUGCCAUAAGCUCCAGGCUGUGCUGGACAACCGCCGUGAAGAGGGUCGACUUAUUGACCCCCCCUCUGCGGCUACUCUGGCUCAAAUGACAGACUUUGGGUCUAACGACAGCCUCUCUCUGUCAUCCUCCGGUGUUCUAUCGAUGGCACUUUUGCGCGAGCUUCUGAAACACCCUAAUUUCACUGUCGGAAGCACCUCUUCACGUAUCUUAGAUGGCACCAAGCAGUAUCUAGAGGACAUUGAGCGUGACUUGGCUCAGUUCCACCGUGCUGAGUCGGCCAUGUUCUUUAGCUCGGGGUAUGAUGCCAAUGUGGCCGUUUGGUCUGCAAUCCCACAGCCUGGUGACUUUGUCGUUUAUGACGAAUACGUGCACGCAAGUAUUCAUGACGGCAUGAGACGAGGCCGAGCCACGACUGUCCCAUUUAAGCACAACGAUUGUGAAUCUCUUCGAGACUGCCUGAAGGACAUCCAAGCUGGGCACUCUGCUGUCUCUGAAGGGGAACAGGUUGUCUUUAUAUCACUGGAAUCGUUCUACAGCGUGGAUGGCGACUUGGCUCCAGUUCAGGAGAUGGUGAAUGUUGUCCGAGACACUAUUCCGCAGGGCAAUUAUGUGCUUGCAAUCGAUGAGGCCCACUCCAAUGGAGUUGUCGGACCAAACGGCUCGGGGUUCAUCUGCCAUUAUGGGCUGGAAGCUGACUUUGGCAUACGACUCCAGACGUGUGGGAAAGCGCUAGGCUCGACAGGAGCGGUAGUGUUGGCCAACGAAACAAUUAAAUUCGCGCUUCUCAACUAUGCUCGCAGCGUCAUUUUCAGCACAGCUCCAAGCUUUCUUACCGUAUCAGCCGUGAAGGCUGGCUAUGGUUUGCUAGCCAGUGAAGAGGGAGAAAGGCGUCGAUGCCGACUGCAGAGGAAUUUGCAGUACUUCUACCAGACGCUGACGACAAGCGUUGAGUGGAAGCAUGCAAAAGAAAAGGGUAUUUUUAGUCUUCCGACCGAGAGGACCUGGCGAUCACAGGCCUUCCUGGCCCCCAUAGCUGCAAUAGUGAUGCAGCCAGGAAAGGCAAAGGAGUUGGCACAACAUUUACACCAGGCCAAGUAUUGGGUCAAUACGGCAAACUUUCCCCUGGUGCCUAAGGACAAGAAUCGAAUUCGGAUUGUCAUACACGCUGACAAUACCGAGAACGAGAUCAAAGGCAUUGUUCGCUUACUGAGAGAGUGGGCCCAAGGGCAACUGAGACUCAGUGAGAGAAAGUCAAGACCUGCCCGAAUGUGA